CUGCCCACGGGCCGGCUUAGAGCAGGACCUCCCUGACCCCGGCCUCACAGGCAUCCGCCAGGUUAACAGCAGCAGCCACACCCACCCAGGUACGCAGCGCGACCCCGCCGCCGCGCCCCAGCCUCCGGAGAACCCUCGCGAGACAGGACCGCAGGGGGACGAGAGGAAGCCCACUAUCUCGCGAGAAGAGGGGGUGUCGGCGGCGGAAACCAGCAAAUGUCCCCCUGGGCGCCCGGGUCCCAGCCGGUGGGCGGGGACGGAGGAAACCCGCCCCCUUCCGGCGCGCGUCCCCGCCCCCAGCCCUGAGGCGUCGGGGCCGCGGGUACCGGCGCCGGCUUCUCCCGGUUCCCCGCGGCGGGCGCCGACCCGGCUUCGGCUCUCGGAGGGCGCGCGGCAGGGGCGCCGAGGGGGCGGGGAGGACCCGCGACGCCCCGCCCCCUUCCGCGCUCCGGCGCCUAGCCCCGCCCCUGGGGGACGCGGGCCCGAGGCCGCUCGGAUCGCAGGCCGGCGCCGUCCGCAGGUGUCGGCGGCGGCGGAGCCACCGGCCCCAUGGUGGGUUUCGGGGCCAACCGGCGGGCCGGCCGCCUGCCCUCCUUCGUGCUGGUGGUGCUGCUGGUGGUCAUCGUCGUCCUUGCCUUCAACUACUGGAGCAUCUCCUCCCGCCACGUUCUGCUUCAGGAGGAGGUGGCCGAGCUGCAGGGCCAAGUCCAGCGCACCGAGGUGGCCCGUGGGCGCCUGGAGAAGCGCAAUUCGGACCUCUUGCUCUUGGUGGACACGCAUAAGAAGCAGAUCGACCAGAAGGAGGCCGACUACGGCCGCCUGAGCAGCCGGCUGCAGGCCAGGGAGGGCCUGGGAAAGAGAUGCGAGGAUGACAAGGUUAAGCUACAGAACAACAUAUCGUAUCAGAUGGCAGAUAUACAUCAUUUAAAGGAGCAACUGGCUGAGCUUCGUCAGGAGUUUCUUCGACAAGAAGACCAGCUUCAAGACUACAGGAAAAAUAACACGUACCUUGUGAAGAGGUUAGAAUAUGAGAGUUUUCAGUGUGGACAGCAGAUCAAGGAAUUAAGAGCACAACAUGAAGAAAAUAUUAAAAAAUUAGCAGAUCAGUUUUUGCAGGAACAAAAGGAGACCCACAAGAUUCAAUCAAAUGAUGGAAAAGAAUUGGGUAUAAAGGAUCAUGUAGCACCAAAAAAUAUUCCAAGUGUUGCUGAAAAUGAUGCAAAUAAGAAUGAGGAACCCUCAAGCAAUCAUAUUGCACAUGGGAAAGAGCAAGUCAAGCGAGUUGGUGACGCAGGGAUGCCUGGAGUAGAAGAGAAUGACCUAGCAAAAGCAGAUGAUGCUCCUGCUGCUUUAAAGAAGCCCCCUGUGUUAGCUUCUCCACAUGAAAGUCAUCAGACAAUCUCCCAUGUUCCAACUGGACAGCCUCUCCCACCAAACAUGGCUGCUGCAGGUUCACAUCUAAAUCAGAAUGAAAAUCCUGGCACCUCAAAACAGAACCCUUCAAAUCCUCUUCAGCACUUAAUUCCAGGCUCAAACGGAGCGGGAACCCAGAAUUCAAACAGACACACUAAAGCAGGCCACCAGGGACAGAGUCAAUGAUUUCCACAAAUUGAAGCAAAGUAAGAAUUGAUUGAUGAAUACUAUGCUAACAGGAGCUCAUUAAAUA